CACUAUAUGUCCCUCUAUCCUUCUUCUAUAAUGACGUCGAUGCGAACAGUAGAGAAUAUUCGGGAGGAGGAGGGCAUCAAUCGCCAGGCUUACGCACGCAACAUCAGCAGCAUCGCUGUAUGUCGGUGUCACAUUCAGUGACUAGUUCUUUGGGUCUGUGACUUUUUUUUCGUACUGUGCAGUCUGGAGUCGGAUAAAGGGACGGAAUGUGAGAGGUGCGGGCCGGAGGAUCAGAUCAUGACUGCUGGUAAGAAACAGUCAAAACUUCCACCGCCCCAACCGUCUCCAGCGAAAGAGGAAGUGGCUGUAGCUGCAGUCGACCGACCUAACUGGCGUGGAAUUGGGAUUUCGUUGUUGGUGAUUGUGGCUGUCUGUUCUCUGAUUGCAUUGGCAAUUUUGCUUCUCACACCAAGAAAUACAGGACUCGGAAUAACAGGAGAAAGGUUUUCACUAGCCGAUAUAAUUAAAGACGAUUUCGUUCCCAGAUCUUUCAAUGGCACUUGGGUACCAGGUGACAGACUUAUUUUCCGCAAUGGUGAUGGACAUCUUGUUGUUUAUUCACCAAAAACAAGAAAAUAUAGAAUUUUGGUACAUAAUUCAACAUUUGAGGAUAACAAGAUAGAAAAGUAUAGUGUAUCUGCUGAUAUGCAGUAUGUAUUGUUAAUACAUGAUAUUAUUAAAAUUUUUAGACAUUCCUUCAUUGCAAAAUAUAAGAUAUAUAAUGUGACAAAUAGGCAAAUAAUUCCACUUAUUCAUGCUGACAAUCCUGAAACUUUUCUCCGUUAUGCUGGCUGGGGUCCAAAGGGAAAUCAACUGGUUUAUGUAUAUGCUAACAACAUUUACUACCUCACGAGUGUCUUUGACACUGCUCAGGCUAUCAUUGGUACUGGUCUUGAGGGAGACAUAUUCCAUGGAGUUCCUGAUUGGCUGUAUGAAGAGGAAAUCCUAGGCAGUAAUUCUGCAAUAUGGUGGUCACCAGAUGGAUCUUCUAUUUGCUUUGCCUCAUUUAAUGAUAGCAAAGUUGGAACAUUAUACUAUAAUUGGUAUGGUGAUUAUGGAGACCCUAGCAAUAUAUAUCCACAGCUUCAACGUCUGCAUUAUCCAAAGGCUGGCAGAGAAAAUCCUACAGUAUCAUUAUGGGUUGCAGAUCUCAGGAAUACUAAUAAAAUUAUACCAAGAGAUGUGAAGCCACCACGUGAAGUCCAAGACCAGUUAGUGCAUGUGUGGGACCAUUACUUUACUACUGUUACAUGGAUUGAUAGUCAGUCAUUAGCAGUUGUAUGGAUGACAAGAUCACAGAAUUAUUCUUUAUUCACAUUAUGUACUGGAACUCUCUGGUAUUGUAGUGUUGUUUCAGAACAGAAGGCAAUAGGUGGCAGGGGCUGGGUUGACUUAUAUGAUGCACCUAUCCUGACAAGAACAGGAGGAAAAUGGUACCUGAAACUUCCCAUUGCUGAAGGAAAUUUUGGUUAUUUUCGACAUGUUGCAGUGGUGCAUAAUGUAACCAGGCGUAUUGAUUUUCUUACUCAAGGCAAAUAUGAUAUUACAAAAUUAUUAGCUUAUCAUGAUAUCAGUAGAAGCGUUUAUUAUAUAUCAACCAAAGAAGGUAGACCAGGAGAGAGGCACUUAUAUUCUGUUUUAGAUCAAAGAUUUCAGCCAUCAAGAAUCACAAAAUGUUGGACUUGUGGUAAUGAUAAAUGUCUUUACAAUAAUGCAAUAAUUAGCCCUUCCACUGAUUAUUAUGUAUUGGAAUGUUUGGGCCCUGGUAUACCAAGGAUAGAAAUUCGAACUGUACAAAAUAAUGUAUUGGUGGAUGUUUUAGAUGUAAAUGCUGAUUUACAAGAAAGAAUGGGCCAGAGAGCUUUUCCUAAAAUCAGAACAUUCAAAGUACCUACCAAGGGAGGAUAUAAAGCACAAGUUCGACUUUUCCUGCCUCCUGGUUUAGAAGAUGACGAAGCAUUGUUAUAUCCACUUGUUGUUCAUGUAUAUGGUGGUCCAGGCAGCCAACUAGUAUCAGAAAAAUUUUAUGUACAUUGGGGAACUUAUCUAGCAAGUAGAAAGAAUUAUAUAUAUGCAUGGAUAGAUGGAAGAGGAAGCGGAUUUCAGGGUGACAAGAUGGAGCAUGAAUUAUUUAGACGUUUUGGCACAGUAGAAGUUGAAGAUCAAAUAGAAAUAACAAGGUAUUUAAGAGAUAAUUUGCCAUUUAUAAAUCCAUCUCAUAUUGCUAUUUGGGGUUGGUCUUAUGGUGGUUAUGUAGCAGCUACUGCAUUAGCUGAUGAAAAUACAGUAUUUAAAUGUGCAAUAUCUGUAGCUCCAGUUACAAGUUGGCAGUAUUAUGACUCAGCCUACACUGAACGAUACAUGGGAACUCCUCAGCCUUUAGAUAACUACCUUGGUUAUGAAAGAUCAGAUCUUAUAAAAAAAGCAUCUAAGUUAAAAGGAAAAAAAUUUCUUCUUAUUCAUGGAACUGCAGAUGAUAAUGUACAUUUUCAGCAUACUGCAAUGUUUAUUAAAGCAUUGACAGAAGCUGGAGUGAUUUUUCAAACUCAAAUCUAUCCAGAUGAAAACCACUUCCUAACAAAUGUAAAGAAUCAUUUAUAUCAAACAAUGGAAGACUUUUUAAAUGAAUGUUUCUUUAUUGAAAUGAAAGAAGAAAUAGAAGCCACAAGAGUAAAAAAAGAUGUUAAAGGAAGGUAGAAUAUUAAGAUACAUAGUCAAAUAGAAAGAUUAUAUAGUUGUAAGUAGAAAGAAGAUUUACUAUCAGAGUAACAAAACAAAAAAAAAAACAGCCUACUGAAAGUCACAUGGCCUGCCUGUACAGUCC